AUCCAUAGAUAGAAAAUUUUCUGUCUUUUACUUACCUCUCUCUUUUGUGUUCAUACCCAUCUAAUCAUCCACUGAUUGUGACUCAACCCAUUUUAGGGUUUCUUCAUACAAUCUACUCUCUUACCAAGAAUACAAACCUUCCCUUUUUCUGCAAACAAAAGAAAAAGUCUCACUUUUUCAUUCAUAGCACCUGACUUUUCGUAAUUUCACCUUAGAAAUUCUUCUGCCAGUUUUGUGUAUAAGUAAAAAAACAAAUUAGAAUAGAUACACCCAGAUCACUAACUAAAGAGCAAAGAAAAGAAAAAAAAAAAGAGAGGAGAGAACAUGAAUUGUCUGUUCUUGUUCAUGUCCAAGAAACCAAAAUCCAGAGGAAAUAUGGAGAAAGAGAAAAAAAACAUAAGAGGAAGAGAGUUCUUGCAAAAGUCAGCUCCAGAAUUAACGACGAGAAAGACAACUUUGUCGUUCAAUCUCCCAACACCAAGAUCUCUGCCAUCUCCAACGAGUAUCAAAGACUUGUACACAGACAGAGAACAAAAUCAAAAUCAAAACCUGAGGGUUUUUUCUUUCAAGGAACUGAGUGACGCCACUUGUGAGUUUAGCAGGAAGCUAAAGAUCGGAGAAGGUGGCUUUGGUAGUGUCUAUAAAGCCACCAUUAACAAUCCCACCGUAGGAGAUUCUCAUUCUUCUCCACUUACCGUAGCCGUUAAGAAACUCAAUAGACAAAGUCUACAGGGUCACAAGCAAUGGCUAGCAGAGGUUCACUUUUUGGGAGUGGUGAAUCACCCUAACGUUGUGAGGCUCUUAGGGUAUUGCUCAGAGGACAGAGAGAGACUUUUGGUUUACGAGUUGAUGUCUAAUCGCAGCUUGGAGGAUCAUCUCUUCACUCUAAGAACCUUAACGUUGUCGUGGAAACAAAGGCUCGAGAUCAUGCUUGGUGCAGCUCAAGGAUUGGCUUAUUUGCACGAAAUCCAGGUAAUAUACAGAGACUUCAAAUCAUCAAAUGUGCUAUUAAAUGAAGAAUUCCAUCCGAAAUUAUCCGAUUUUGGUCUCGCUAGAGAAGGUCCCGAAGGAGACAAUACUCACGUUACAACCGCAAGAGUUGGAACAGACGGCUAUGCCGCUCCCGAGUAUGUAAUAACCGGUCACCUCAAGACACAUUGCGAUGUAUAUAGCUUUGGAGUUGUUUUGUACGAAAUUAUCACUGGUCGUCGCACAUUGGAACGAAUGAAACCUUUAGCUGAACAAAAGCUUCUAGAAUGGGUCAAAAAAUAUCCUAUUAAUAGCAAAAGAUUCAAAAUGAUCGUUGACUCCAAGCUAUGCAAUAAGUAUCCAAUUGCUAUGGUCAGGAGAGUGGCUAAAUUGGCUGAUCAUUGUGUGAACAAGAUCGAUAAAGAAAGACCUACCAUGGCCUUUGUCGUCGAAAGUCUUACGAAUAUCAUUGAGGAAUCAAAUUCUGAAGAUAUGGGAAGUUCUGUUGGCAUUAGAGGCUAGAGGAUUAGUGUUUUUUUUUGAAGAGUAGAGAAUAUAUGUAUGAAAAGAAGCCCAAGUAAUAAUAUUAAAGCCCAUUAACCAGAAAGUUUGUGUUGGUCAAACAUUCUUAAUACAAAGUUGUGAAUAACAAAA